UGCAAAGAAAUUAAAGGCACCACUACUCAAUGACCCUACAAUGACCAAAUUGUCUCAUUUCUCACUGCCCCAUAUGUCCCAUGUAACAUGGAGGAAAUUAUGGCACCUUUAAUUCCCCUCACUAUAUAACUUCUCUUAAACCCCCCUUCUCCAUUCACACACACACACACAAAAAAAAGUACCAAUAAAUCUCAUAAAAAACAAAGCCAAAAAAGGUACUUUAAUUAAAAAAAAUCAAGAAAAUUGAGUGAUGGAAAUAGUAUUGGCAAAGUGUGAUUGUUGUGGAUUAAAAGAAGAGUGUACAAUAGAGUACAUAAGUGAAGUGAAAGAGAAUUUUGAAGGUAAAUGGCUAUGUGGAUUAUGUUCAGAAGCUGUUAGAGAUGAAUUUAAUAGAGGAAACAAGAAGCAAUAUUUUAUUGAAAUGGAAGAAGCUUUAAAAGCUCACAUGUCAUUUUGUAGAAAAUAUAAGUCUAAUAAUCCUGCUGUUCAUGUAGCUGAUGGUAUGAGGCAAAUGUUAAGAAGAAGGUCAGGUGAUUUGUCAACUAAUUCUUCUUCUAAGAAGUAUACAAGUAGAUCAAUCACUACAUAAUAAUAAGUAGGAGAUGUAUCUUCUUUUAUCAAACGUAUCGAAUUCGAGCAUUAAUAAUAUAUAAAAUUAUUAGUAUA